AUGUACCUACCUAAGCGCUCCCAUAUUUCCUCCUUACCAUCUGAUCUCAAAGCACCCCCAAGACUCGGUUCGAUUCCCGUGCAAACAUGGGUGAAUAUCGCAUUGGUCUCGCCCAACAAACGCGCCGGCUGUACAGACACCGUGUGCAAGCAAGGCGAGGUCAAGAUCCAAAAGGGCGAACUCAGGUUUGGCUCUUGGACUGUCAUCAAAGAGCACGGUUCUUGGAGAUGGAAGCACUGGGGAUGCGUAUCCGGUUCUCAGCUUGUCAACCUUCAAGAAGCGUGUGGCGGCGAUCCUGACAAUCUGGACUUUGAUGCAAUUGACGGCUUUGAUGAGCUGCAAGACGAAGAGCUGAAGGAAAAGGUCAAGCGCUGCGUCAGGCAAGGCCACAUUGACCCGGAGGACUUCAACGGGGUUGGUCUUCUGUUGCCUUUGCAAGUCGAUCCGGAGAAGAAUAAGCCGGGUGAAAAAGGAAUCCACCUCACGGCCAAACAGAAGGAGGCCAAGGAGAAGGCUGCUGCUCUUGAGGCGGGCGAGAGCCAGUCAGCUGCAUCUCAGAAGGACACCAAACGAGGUCGCAAGAAGGCUGCCGAUGAUGUCGCAGAUGAGCCUGAGCCGAAGAAAGCUAGGAAGUCCAAGGAUAUCGACGCAGAUGAGGAACAGCCCAAGACGAAGGCCAAGGCUCGUGUCAAGGGCGAGGACAACGUCAAGAAGCCCGCUUCGCUCAAAAGGGGACGGCCUCGUCGAUCGAGCGUCCAGCAGGAUGAAGAGGUGGAGAGCGAAGAAGCCGAGAAGCCAGCGCCGGCCAAGAGGGUCGCCAAGAGGGGCUCAAAGGCAAAGGCCACCAAGGCUGAGCCUGAAGAGGAGAUGGUGAAGGAGGAGGAAGUCGAUGAGGGGGAAGACGUGGUGAAGAAAGAGGAGGAGGAGGAGGAGGAGGAGGAGGUGGAGGAGGAGAAGGUCAUUCCUGUUCGUGCUUCCAGUGGACGGAAACAGUCGUCCUCCAGAGCCAAGGCGGCGGCGACCACGAACGAGGAUGAGAGCGGUGCUAAAUACACUCCGGUCUCUUCUUCCAGGGGCCGAAAGCGAACCGCCGUCGUGCCACAGGCGGAAGAGCAAGAUGAGGAAACGCCCAAGGCUGUUGCCAAGAGAGGGCGCAAGGCGGCUUCCGCUAAGAAGGCUAAUCCUGAUGGCGUGGAGGGUGCCGAGGAAGAGGCGCCCAAGCCUAGAGGAAGAGGCCGCCCUCGCAAGUCUGUCUAG